AACAGAACCGCGUUUCCAUCAGGUGCUCCGCAAUUCCCUGUCUGUGCCCCGUUGCGAAGAGGUGCAUUUCCUCACUCUGCUUGGAAAGCAUCUUUCCCCGUGUCUCCCCUCCGAUUUGAAUCGAACCCCCUGCCAUUAGGGGUGUAACCGGAGGUUGUUUAGCAUGUCUCUCCUCCGCAACUGCCGGACUGCCGCCGUGCAGGUCCGUGGCUUCGCCUCGUCCUCGUCUCUUCGAUCCGGUCCCGAAUCUCCCAGAUACAUCGAUGUUCCUCAGAUGAUCCAGGAGGGCGAAGUUCGCAACCGCAGUGUGAAGGGUACCCUUCCUGUUCCUCGCGAUCUCUUCCCCGCCCGCCGAGCAGACAAGCCGUCCAAGGAGUACCUCGAUGCCGCGACUCCCCUUCCGUCCAAGGAAGUCGAAAUCGACCCGAAUGACCCGCACGCCCAAUACAUCGGCUGGAAGAGGCGUAUGGCCGAUAUGAGAAGAAAGAACCUCCGACAAGGUCUCACGGAACUACACCGCCGGAAGAAGCAGACGGAUCAGCGCAUGAUGCAGGAGAGUGCCAAAAAGCAGGCUCAGCGACAGGCUGUCCUGGACCAGCCGGACAGACUGGACGAGCAAUUGACUCGUCCUUCCAUCGUCCAGCACAUGCUUUCCAAUCGCAAUGCCGUCCUGCCCGACCCGACCCGAGAGGAACGACUUGCGCUCUCCCGGGCACGCUUCGAGGCCCACAAUGCUCGGAAGCAGGUGGAACAGGAAGACGCUAUGCAUACGUUGUACAUGAAUGCUCGUAACUUCAUCACCACCGAGGCCCAGCUCGCGGCUGAGAUCGAACGGGUCUUCCCCGAGGGCGAAAACCCGGCGUGGCGCAAUGACCACCAGCCGGGUGAGAAUGUCUGGAACCUGGGCACGCCUUCUUCGCUCCAAAGCAUUACCAACAUGGGUAGAAGGAGUGAAUCGGGUCGCUGGGGAACCAUCCAGGAAAGAGUCAAGGAGCUUGGAGAGGAGAUUACGGGUGGCAAGUUUUAAAAGGCCUUGCUGUGGUGACAAUGUAUAUUACUCCAGUUUUUGAGCUUGAUUAUUAUUCUUCUUUGUUGUGUAUACCUAUCGUUGCAUCUAUGUCUAAAUCUUUUCGUUGUUUGUCGAGCCUAUUUAUUGAACUUGAU